UCUUGAAGAUCCAUAAUUUUUACUAAACCCCAUGUUAUAGGAUUCAACAGAGUUUUGUUCAAUCUUUGAAAACCCAGACUUGUUUUUGGAUUUUUUAUUCUGGGUUUUGCUUCUUCUUCUUCUUCUUCUUUUAGAUUUCUUUAUUGAUUGAUUCAUGGAGUCAAGAUCCACUGUUUAUUCCAUUCUUCUUCUAAUUUGCUCAACUUGUUCUUUUUCUUUUGGGGAUCAAACUUUGGAUAGAAUCACUGAGUUGCCUGGACAGCCAAAGAACGUUCAAUUCUGCCAAUAUUCAGGGUAUGUGACAGUGAAUCAACAAGCUGGGAGGGCAUUAUUUUACUGGUUGAUAGAGUCACCACUGAGCCGUAAGCCCGAGUCAAGACCACUGGUUUUAUGGCUCAAUGGAGGACCUGGUUGCUCUUCUGUUGCUUAUGGAGCAGCUGAAGAAAUCGGUCCUUUCCGAAUUAGACCCGAUGGAAAGACCCUUUACUUGAAUCGUUAUGCCUGGAACAACUUGGCAAAUGUGCUUUUCCUUGAAUCUCCUGCUGGUGUCGGUUUUUCGUACACGAACACGACAUCAGAUUUAUACACAACUGGUGACAAGAGAACUGCUGAGGAUGCAUAUGCUUUUCUGGUUAAUUGGUUUGAAAGGUUUCCACAGUACAAGCAUAGAGAUUUCUUCGUUGCUGGUGAAAGUUAUGCAGGUCACUAUGUUCCUCAAUUGUCUCAACUUGUCUAUGAAAGAAACAAAGGGGUCCCUAAUCCUGUUAUCAAUUUCAAGGGAUUUUUGGUUGGAAAUGCUGUAACCGAUGACUACCACGAUUUUGUUGGCACAUUCGAGUACUGGUGGACGCACGGUUUGAUUUCUGAUUCAACUUAUCGAAGUUUACGAGUUGCCUGUGACUUGGGAUCCUCCACACAUCCAUCUCUGCAAUGCAUGAAUGCUCUUCGAGCUGCUCAAAUCGAGCAGGGAAACAUUGAUCCAUAUAGCAUCUUCACUCAACCUUGCAAAGAUACCGCAACUUUAAGGCGCAACACAAGGGGUCAUUAUCCAUGGAUGUCAAGAGCUUAUGAUCCAUGCACCGAGAGAUAUUCGAAAGUGUAUUUUAAUCGCCCAGAAGUCCAGAAGGCACUUCAUGCAAAUGUAACAGCUCUCUCUUAUCCAUGGCAAACAUGCAGUGAUAUCGUCGGAAAUUACUGGGCGGAUUCUCCUCUCUCUAUGCUUCCUAUAUACAAAGAACUAAUUGCUGCUGGUCUUAGGAUUUGGGUAUACAGUGGAGACACUGAUGCAGUGGUUCCGGUAACUGCGACUCGAUACUCCAUUGAUGCUCUGAAGCUUCCUACUGUUACUAAUUGGUACCCUUGGUAUGACAAUGGAAAGGUUGGUGGAUGGAGCCAAGCAUACAAAGGGUUAACACUGGUAACAGUCACUGGAGCUGGUCAUGAGGUUCCGCUCUACCGUCCCCGUCAAGCUUUUAUUCUUUUCCGAUCUUUCUUGGAGAACAAACCAAUGCCAGGUUAAAAGAAUCCUAUCGAAAUCAAUGUUACUCGGACUUGGGUGAGUGUUCAGAUAUAGGCAUGUAUUAUAGAUAUUUUAGUGAAACGAAGAGUCCGAGCAUAGGUUUGUAUUAUUAUUCAUUUUCUUGAUGAAUAAGCAAAAAGGAUUAUAUAAUUUUUUAUACAUGAAAUGAAGUAAUCGAAUGAACAAAAAGAUCUCGAGUGAUCUCUAAAUUGUAGAAUAUUUGUAUGACAUGUAUUCUUUAUAGGAUUUUCAAUAAUUGAAACUGCAGAUAUUGUUCCAGGUUCUGAAGUGCCUUUGUAUGGUAGAACUGUAAUUUUUUGA